GCUCAGUAGCCAUUUUGGUAUACAUCAAUGUUAUAUAUGAGCUGCGUUUGAUUUUUCAAAUUGGAAGUUAAGUUAGAUUUUUGUUUGGUCUAAAUGACUGUCCUUUUUUCUUUCUUUAGUAUUGUUCCAAAUUGUAGUAUUUAUAAAGAAUCCUCAUAAAAAUGAUAGACGGUUCGUCUAAGAAACACAGGGCGUGCCCAAACAGCAAAAACACUCGCCGUCAAGCGAUACCCAUACUCUACACCCGGGGCUCCCACUACGAGGUCGGUUUUGAUAUGGGUCGUACAUUUGGCUCAAUGAUCAGAAACUUUCGGACACAAUGUUAUGUUUUGAACGAAACCUUUUUGCCGCUCUAUAACACCCCCAAGGGCAAACAAAUCUAUGAAGAAACUCUAGCAUCAGUAAAAGCAAGUUUUCCCCAGUACGUAAGAGAAUUGGAGGGCGUGGCCGAUGGCGCCGAAGUGGACUUCGUACAUUUAUUUUUAAUGCAAAUGGACGAGAUUUUACCACAAAAUAUGUGUCCGGCACCGAAGCACAGCAGUAGCUGCGGAUGCUCGUCAAUUGUAUUGAACCAGAAGCAUUGUCGCGUAAUAGGCCAUACAGAGGAUGCUGCAAUAGAAAUGAUGAAUCAUUGUUAUUUUGUAGUAGCACACAUCAUUAAUGAGCAGCCUUUGGGCAAGUAUAAAGUGAAGGAGGAGCAUUUCAUGUCACUCUGCUUUGCUGGCCAACUGCCUGGCUAUACGUUUAGCGAAAAUCAUCAUGGUCUUAUUUUUACCAUGAAUACAAUCGCUGCAAAAAAUCUACGCAGCGGCAGGACACCUCGCACAUUUCUAGCCCGAGCUCUACUGGCCUCCUGCAAUAUGGACGAUGUCCUCAGAGUGGCAAUAGAUGAUGGUGUGGGCAUUGCCGACGCAUGUUCUAUCAAUAUAACAUUUCUUAAUGAUCCGCAUAAAAUGUGCUAUAACAUGGAAUUAGCUCCAUGCCCGCAAGGAAAGAGCAAGUCAAAAGUAUGCGUAAAAGAGAUUCCCAUUGGAACCUUUAAUUAUCACUUUAAUAAAUUUGAGGGCUUAGCAUUGGAUGAGGCCAAUGAUAAGUUGCUUCAGUCAAGUCAGGCGCGAAGAGAAGCUAUGAAAUCAUACAAACCGCCGGUAAGCGCAACAGACGUAUGCAACAUGCUUGGAGACGUCUCUGGUGACACCUAUUGCAUAUUUAUGGAUAAAUGUAAUGAUAUUUUUAAAACAAUAUGUGUUGCUCUUUUCGAUUUAAAUGCCAGAACACUUUCACUGUUUUCGGAUAACCCAAGUAGAACAGAACCAGUUUGCACUUUGCCAUUACUAGAGAAAUAGAGAAAUUUAGAACCCAAUUUAAUAUCACCAGUAAUCAUUUGAUAUCCAAUAAAGGAUGUUGUGUCUUGCUUUUA